UGAACCAAAAUUCCAAAAGGGGCAUUAGAAUGGAGCAAAGUCCUGGAAGUGGUGAGGGGCAAUUUGGGGCAAGGGGAGUCAUAAUUGAGUUGGGUUUUUGGCUCUCCAUUCUGUGUGGUGGGAGAUUCCGUUCCCGACGGAGGCCUAUAUAAGGAAGCGGCAGAGCAAAUGGGCGAAAGGGGCAGAGAGAAAGGAAAACACAGACACAGACACAGGUGGGCUUUGAGCCACGAAAAUGGGAGCCGAGCCUCUGCUUCAGCUUCACACUCACCAUGACUCCGAAACCGCCCCUCUUGUUCUUGGUCUCCAACCCGCUGCCCUCGUCGACCACCUUGCCCGCGUCGAUUCCUCUCUCCUCGAUCGAAUUCCCGGCGACCGCGGUGGCUCAAUUCCGGUGGGUAUGGAAGAGCUUGAGCAUAUACUGAGGGACGUGAAAUCCUAUAUUCUUUCCUCGCCCGAUGAUCUGACUCCGGUCAAAACAAUAGCGGGGGGAAGCGUUGCCAACACGAUUCGAGGAUUGAGUGCAGGGUUUGGAGUCAGCUGUGGAAUUAUUGGCGCCUGUGGGGAUGAUGAGCAAGGAAAAUUGUUUGUCUGUAACAUGAGCUCCAAUGGGGUCAAUCUCUCAAGAUUGAGGAUGACUAAAGGUUCCACAGCUCAGUGUGUUUGCCUGGUUGAUGCAUUGGGCAAUCGCACAAUGCGACCCAGUCUCUCGAGCGCAGUCAAAGUUCAGGGGAAUGAACUGACUAGAGAUGACUUCAAGGGCUCUAAGUGGCUUGUAAUGAGAUAUAGUAUUUUUAACUUGGAAGUUAUUCAAGCGGCUGUAAAGAUGGCCAAACAAGAGAAAGUUUUUGUGUCCUUGGAUUUGGCCAGUUUUGAGAUGGUUCGGGAUUUUAGAUUACCUCUUCUCCAACUGCUGGAGUCUGGGGAUAUAGACCUUUGCUUUGCCAACGAGGACGAAGCAAAAGAGUUGAUAGGGGGCGAGAAAGAUGCUGAUCCUGAAGUUGCACUAGAAUUUCUUGCAAAGCACUGUCAAUGGGCUGUCGUGACAUUAGGCGCCAAUGGCUGUAUUGCGAAACAUGGAAAAGAGAUUGUCCGAGUUCCUGCAAUAGGGGAAUCAAAGGCGACCGAUGCCACUGGAGCAGGCGACUUGUUUGCUAGCGGGUUCUUGUAUGGACUAGUGAAGGGAUUAUCUCUGGAGAAAUGCUGCCAGUUGGGAUCCUGCAGCGGCGGGUCUGUUAUCCGUGCCCUCGGGGGCGAGGUUACCCCCGAAAACUGGCAAUGGAUGCACAAGCAUUUGCAGAUCAAAGGGCUUCCUCUCCCAGAGAUCCCUCAAUGAUCAAGCUCCACUGUCCAUUUGCAUCAUUUUUCUCCAAUUAACAGGCAUCUCUUUUCACAAGCAUUUGGGAUGGACUUCUUUAAAUUUUCCACAGAAAGAGGGAAAGGAAAAAGGUAAGUUAUUUGAAGCUAGUUGGAGGACCUCUUUGAUAAUCUCAGGGUUAUGACUUUUAUGCUAAUUAUUACUGUAACUCUUCUUCUCCUCCUUGUCUCCACAAACAAGAUGUAAAAAUUUGCUUUUUCCAUUAGUGUGAUUUCUUCUGCUUUCAAGCUUAUUUUUGCA